GUAAAUGGCCAAAGGAAGCAAACCAUUAGGCUACUACUACUACUACCCGUGCUCAUCCAUCAUCGUCCUCGACUCCUCGCCGUCGCCUCCCUCCUCUUUGCCGUCGCAGGACGGCGGCAGCGGCAGCGGCGGGCAUCAACGGCGAUCCAUUGUGUGAGCGAGUUCCUCUCCGUCCCCCGAAGCAACCAAUCAACUCCCAAGAAAUUUAUAGAAUUUUGAUAGAAGGGGGAAAAUCAUGGCAGCCAUCAGAUUAUCGAUGAAGCUCUUGAUUGAUACCAAGGCUCAGAAAGUCUGCUUUGCCGAGGCUGGUAGUGAUGUCAUUGAGUUUAUCUCCUGCCUCCUUUGCCUCCCAAUGAGCACCAUCAUCAACAUGCUUACCAAGGAGCGUAUGGUUGGUAGCAUGGGCAAUGUGCUUGACAGCGUGGAGAAGCUGGAUUCCAAGUAUGUAAUCUCAAGCCAAAGCAAGGAACGCUUCCUCAGCCCGACGGUUGCCCCCACCGUGCUCUGUCCAUUGCAGCAGCUGCUGCUGGAUGCAAAGUUAAAUGUCAAUGCCAGCUUCUUCACAUGUGAAGGGAAAUCGACCGUCGUAAGCUACAGUACCACUAAAGUUCCUUGUGGAUAUUUUUCUGUUAGCAAAGGCGCUGUAUGCCCUGUCUGCUCCACUCAAAUGCACAGGGCAAUUCCACAUGUCAAAACCGUUGGAUUUGUGGUUGGGACAGCCACAUACACUGUCAGGGAUGAUCUCUCAAUGACUCCAGCGUCCAGUGUGUCAAGCGUCAGCUUACUUGCACAGUGUGGUGUCAAGGACUUGAGCGCGCUGCAGGAACGGACCGUGAAGAUUGGCAAGGAAGAGGUACUGGAGAUACUCCUUGCUUCCCUGAAGUCUAAGACUGUGCUGACUGAUGUGUUUCUCCCGAAGAGAAAAGUUAGCUGCAAGAGGGAAGCCUCUGGUUUGUUAUAAUGCAGUUUUACCAGGAACGACACCUGAAAAUUACCACAGCUUGCUAUAAUUCUGAAAGUAGAAUUCAGUAGGUCUUUAGUGUAAAGCGUCACUUUGCAUUGCUUUUUUUAUCAAUUUAGUAAAAGUAGCCUAGAAAACAGUUGGCCUACUAGUUUGAAAAUGUCUCUAUAUAUGACUUCCAAAUUCAUAUUUGUUAUUGUUAGCUGUCGUGGUUCAGAUCGAUUGACAAAUGCCAA